AUGGAGGAGUUUCGAUCAAUUUUAGAAGAAUGCCAUUUGAGUGAUAUGGGUUGUAUAGGAUCCAAAUAUACCUGGACGAAUGGACGGAGUGAUGGUACAUUCACAAAAGAACGAUUAGAUCGUGCUGUGGCUAAUAAGGAGUGGAGAAGUAUGUUUAAGGAGGUGGUUGUUCAUGUGUUAGCUGGUUGUACAUCUGAUCAUAAACCAUUAUUAAUUGAUUGUACAGAAUUUGGGGAGGAAAAAGUAAGAAGUAAGCAGGGAUUUAAAUUUGAGGCCAAGUGGAUGUUAGACGAAGAGUGUAGUACCAUUAUUCAUGAUGCUUGGGAAGGGAUUGGGUUAGUAGAAAAUCCGGUAAUCAAUGUAUAUUCUAAACUUGGGCGGUGCCAGGGAGAUUUGUCAAGGUGGAGUAGGUGUAAGUUUGGAAAUACUGAUGAGGAACUAAAAAAGAAAACAAAGAGGUUGGAAGAGCUGCAACGUGAUGAGGUUCUAGCGGAUAGGGAAGAAAUCACAAGACUCAAGGAGGAGAUUGAUUACAUUAUGGAGCAAGAAGACCACAAAUGGAAACAAAGGGCCAAGCAACAUUGGUUUAAGGAGGGAGAUCGACAUACGUCUUUUUUCCAUGCGUGGGCAAGCCAUAGAAGGAAGAUAAAUCAAAUACAAAAGAUCCAAGAUGAAGAGGGGAGGGAGUGGAAAAAGCCGGAAGAGAUUGCUAAAGCCUUUGUCAAUUUUUACGAAGGACUCUUCACAUCAGGUGGGACAAAUGGAGUUGCGGAGGUCCUGGAGUCCAUGGAGCCGAAGUGA